CCUUUUUUUGCAACAGCUUAUUUCUACAAACAUCUCAUGAGUGAAGGAAUGGCAAUCAUGAGCCCACAAGUGGAAUUGACGGCGGAGGUUACAAACGCAACGGACAAGGAUUUAGAACUGAACCAUGACAGUAACAACAGUGAUAAAAUAAGCAAGCCCAAGUCUAGAAGAAUGAGGAUGCCAUUGUCUUGCAUUGUUUGCAGGAAAAGGAAGGUGAAAUGUGAUCGAGGUAGACCACAUUGCAAAACUUGCGAAAAGUACAACAGCGUCAACUUAUGUUCUUAUGUUGAGCCUACAUGGACAAAUACAGAUGGCAAAAAAGUUACUUUUGUAAAUCAUAUGGGAGUCAUGGAUCCAAAUCAAGCGGAAAAGAGCCUGUCUGAGACAGAUAUCACUUUCACUCAUAAUUCUACUUCCAUAGCACCAAAAAUCUCUUUGGAUGCACGGUCGGUGUACACUGAUGAAACAAUCAGCGGCUCUAGUGAUAAAACCGUUGAUGCUAGUACUUCUGGGAGAAUGGGCCUAAACAACGGAUUUUUCACUAACGACAAUGUCUCUAACUCGCCACAGUUCAAUGAUCGAUUGGCUAACCCGACAUUUUAUGGCAGUUCAUCUGACAUUCCGUCAAGCAUAUCUUCUGGAAUUUCUCCUUUUAACAAGCCAUUACUUCCGCCUCUAGAAUCUCUGCCAGCUAAUGUGACGGGCGUUGCUGGUAUCUCGUUGCAACCACUCAUCCAGCAGAAUCCACAAGCUCAAAUGCAGCGCAAGGCUGAUCUACAAGUUUUACUUAACAAAAUCAAAAAAAGUGAUGUGAACGUGAACAACCAUGACUGCCUGAAAAAGGUUGACACAUCCACUCUUGAAAAGUCUACAAUGAAUUGGAAGCCACGAGAUCAAAUGGGUGUUUCUCCUGAAACAGUCGCCUCAAACUCACCAGGUAACGUUUUGGAUAAAGGGCAGCCUUCAUGGUUGAAAUCAAGCAACAUGAAUUGUAUCAAUAGCAGCAAUGAAUCAAUCAUACAAGGCCAUUCAUCCUCUGAUAAACCCACAAUUGCCACGCCUAACAGAAGUCGAUCAUUGGACUCUUCCUAUAUAGCCUUGUUUGAGAGUCUUGGGAUAGGGGUAGACGAGUCUUAUAAUUUGUAUGAAGGGUUUGUUCCGAUGUUAUACAAGUUUUCACGAAUAAACAAUUUUGGACCUUUAGCUUGGAUAUCAAGUAUUUUAAAGGAUCCUUUCAUAUGCCCAUUAAGAGAUGAAAUAGUACAGCAUAAGAAAAAAUCGUUGUUUAAGGCUACUUCUGAGGGUGAAACCGACCAUCAAAAUCGAUUUUUGAGAUACUCCGGAAUAGAUGAUAUCAAGCCGAUUCACAUCGAAGUUCAAUCAACUACGGCGACUGAUAAUGAUUCUGAUGCAAAACUGGUAAAGGAAGGAAUGCUUAAUAAACCCUAUGAUGGUACCGAUAUUAAUACUCAUAUCAACCCAAAGUGUGUUUAUUUCAAUUCAAAUUUUGCAUUACAGCAAAUCUUAGAUGUUUUACCAGAAAAAAAGGUUAUUUGGCUUUCCAUCAAACGGUUCUUUACCUACGUUUAUCCAAUUUUGCCUUAUUUAGAUCAGCUUUCAUUUAUCACUGACGUUGAAAAACUCAUAGAUGGAAAUCAUUUCCAAGAUAGAUAUUCAGAGGAAAAAAUUGGAACAAUACACGUCACCAAAAAGCUAGAUUUUGCUAACUUAGGCAUUUUACUUCUUGUUCUGAAAUUUUCAGAAGCAUCUUUGAUUGUUAACGAAGAUCUGGGAGAUGGCAGCAUUACUCGAACAAAGGAUGAGCAAUACUUGCUAGACCACCCAUUGAAUGAAAAAAUGAUAAAUGUUGCUCAAUCAUGUUUGAACCAAUUUAGGCUUCUCAGAAGAUGCGCUUUACCAAUAUUCCAGCUAGCAUUGCUUAUGAAUGAAUACGAGAAGCUGAAUGGUUUGGCGGAUGGGAAUGAUCCAGAUAGCCAGAUUUUCAUUGCAAUGCUAAUACAAAUGGCUAUUUCUAUUGGUAUGAAUAGAGAUCCGAGCAAAUUUGAUACCUUUAUAGGUAAAGGCAAGGUAGGCAACCUUUGGAGAAAAAUUUGGUAUGGAUUAUUAUCAUCAGAUGUUAAGCAAUACAUUCAGUUUGGCUCGGGAAAAAGUGCAAUGUGUGAUUUUUACGAUACAGAGCUCCCUGUUUUCGAUGAAGAGUCGUCCAACAUUGAUAAUUAUGAUUUGGAAAGAGUUGUGAUUGAAAAGAUCAGGCUCAAUUUCAAGUUUGACCAGGCCAUGUUAGAGUUAGCUGAUUAUCUAUGCCAGUUCAAAAAAAACCCAAAUGUUAGAGUAGUGCUCACGAAAGUUUUUAAUUUAGAGGCAAUGAUGAAAGAAAGUUUUGGAACAAUGAAGGAUUUGCUGAACAAAAGCUCCGAUCUUUUCAUUGAAAAGGUUAGAAAAGUUUGGGACUUUACCAUUUAUGUUUUGGCAGUGGGCCUGCUUGUUACUGUUUACCACCAGCUAUUUGUUAAUUAUCAAAAGCUUGAGAGCUAUGCAGUUACUAAGUUUGUCAAGGAGAAGAGUGAAGUUCACUGGUUGUACGUCUUUUCUAACUUCAAAAAUAUUUCAAGCAAAAGCAGUAAGUAUUUUGGAAUAGGUUUUGAUAUGGUGAUAAGUCAAUGUAUCAUUUCCACCGUGCAUAAAGGAUGGAUUGAUUUCAUGUCUACUUACAUUUGUCUGCGAUUAGCCGUCAGCAAAAUAGAAGACAAGGCUAAUUCCAGCAAAAGAACCCAUUUGCUCAGAAAAGUGUGUGACUUGAUUGUGGAUUCUGAAAAUUGGUAUUUGCCAAGUUUAAAAAUAUUAUCCCGUCGACAUUUUCAUGCUUGGAAGCUCUUGAAAGCCCACACUUUUCUUAUUGGUCUUAUCAGAAAAAAUCAGUUGAUGUUCAAACCUUUGAGUCAUCUAUACAACUACGCAGAAUACAUGAGCGAUGCAGAUUUGAUGAGCUUGUUGGAAAUGACCAGAUAUAGGAAUUAUAUGGCUGAAGAAAACGAAUCAAAGGUUUUCACUGCAAUAAAGAAUCGUAUUCUGGAUAACUGCACUUCUUUAAGCAAUAUUCCAACAUCUGAUUCCCCAAACUCUGAUACAGUCAAUACAACUGAUGGUAACAAUUCAGGUCACGACAUCGCUAUCGAUGGAUUGUUUCCAAUAGAAGCCUGGAACAAGCCUAUGGAGGAGGACACUUUCUGGAGAGACAUAUUUUUCCAGAAACAACAGCAGACUUUUAACGGGCCGACGCCAACCGCUUCUCCGGGCUUUGACUUUUUAGCUCCUCAGAUGUUGUCGCAGGACAUUUUCCCCGAAGAAGAUUACGAAAUUAAUGAUCCAUUCGAAGGUCAAGAGGUUGGCCCGGAUGGUGUCAUUCCUAACAGCUCAAAUCCUACUAACCUGUUUGUAGACCAAACAAUCUACAAUAUGUUCAAUUAGGGGAAGUGAAAGAGUUCAUGCGGCCAAAGAUACGGCAAUGAUUUUCUGUAAUUACGUCAGCAUUAUUAAAAAUCAUGCUCGAAGAGGAAUGACACUGGUUCGGGGAAUAGUCAGUGUCUUUUGUAUAUGAUAACAAUGUUAAUUACUUGUAUAAAAGAAAUAAGUUUUGUGUAAUACGACGUCAAACAAGUACU